GAGUUGAGUGGAUCCCCUUCAAUGUCAAGGUCAGACGUACAAGUCCUGCUUACGCCCACAGAUUCUGUAGAUUUGCAUCUCAAACCGAGGCUGACUAGUCAGUGUGGUUAUACCUUGAAGUAACACUACAGACGUAUCACAGACCUUCUCGACCUCGACCGAAACGUGCACAUCACAAUGGGAAGAUCGCACUCGCAGAGAAUGGAUGUCAGCGCUAUCGUCGCUUGCUUCCUAUUGGGCGCUGUCUUAGUACUGGCUGAAGACUUAUCAAUAGAGACGGAGGUGAUGCAGUUAGGAGAUUUUCACGGAAAAAUUAAGACCCCAAACUACCCCAGCAACUACCACAACGACUACGAAGGGAUCUGGGAGCUGAACAUCCCGCCGACCGGCGACAUAUAUACCCUUGUCCUGGUCAUUGACGAGAUGGACAUCGAGGGAACCACUGGACAUUGUUCUGACUACAUUAAAAUAGACCACAAGGAAUAUUGUGGACAGUCACCUUUGACAAUCAGGGUUCCAGACAUCGAGUAUGGGAUUUUGAUUGGCUUCCAUACGGAUCACAGUGUCACAGGAAAGGGCUUCAAGGCAGACUAUGAAUUUGUUCCGCAAUAUUAGGGCUACACGGCGGCACUACUUGGGCGGAGCAGGAGAAAGGGUUGGUCGGAGAUGAUCCAUAACAUCGAAAAUAAAAUCGCUUUAAUGUGCCA